CAGCAACACCAGCCUGAUCAGCUAGGUGAACAGUCCGCCCCAGUCAGUCAGAAGCUAGAAGCCCGAACUUAGAAGGACGCCUCCAACGGCUCCAACAACUCGAUCAGGUGCUGGGGGGAGUCGAAUCCGCAUUCCUUUUGAACUUCGAACCUCGAGCUUGAAGGUGUGGCCUCGUCCCACCCGGCCGGUGGUGCCCCCGACCUCAUAGCCCCAGUGUGUGUGUGUGUGGGUGGGUGUAUAUGUGAAUGAUGGAGAUCACGUUAGAUUCGUGUCCCAGUUCGGACUUUGUGGUGGAGGCCAUCCGGACGUUGUACCAUCACGCGGAUCCCAAAGAGAAGGAGAAAGCCUCGUUGUGGCUUCACGCCUGGCAAAAGUCCGUCUUUGCUUGGAAAAUAUCGGAUGAGAUUUUACAUCGCAAAAUCGAUGUGGAGAGCUGUUACAUGGCGGCUCAGACGCUGCGCACCAAAAUCCAGACCUCUUUCCAUGAAUUGCCCCCGGAAGCUCGCACCUCCUUGCGCGAUUCCAUCCUGGAGCACUUCAAUGGCGUCGACGAGCGCACCAAUCACAUCAUUUCCACGCAGAUUUGUCUGGCUCUGGCCGAUCUAUUACUACAAAUGCCCGAGUGGCAAGGAGCCAUGGGCGAGCUGGUCCAACGGUACGCCCAAGCCCGGGAAUUCGCCUUACUCGAGUUGCUCAUCUUCGUCCCGGAAGAAGUCAAUUCUCGACAAUUGCGAUUGGGCGCCAAUCGGCGAAGUGAGAUCAUGGAGGAUUUGCGCAGCUCGGCCGGUUUUGUCACCGAGUUCUUGCACGCUUGUUUAGCCAAGCAACAAGCCCAAACCCAUGGGGAGCAUACCACCUUCCGCAUCAGUUUGCUCAAAUGUCUCUCCUCGUGGGUUGAGUUGGGCAUCAUCCCCAUUUUGGGCUUGGAGAACAACCCGUUGGUCAUGCACGCUGUUCUGAGCUUGGAAAAAGUGGACGAGCACUCGAUGGUACACGAAGCGGCUUCAGAUCUGAUCUGUGGGAUUGUGGAACGCAUGGAGGACCUGAAUCUGACCAACGAGAGCUGUCAGUUCGAGUUGACCUUUUUCACUUUGAUCCGUCGAUUGGAGCCGGCCUAUCUUCUCUCGGUGGCUCACGAGGACAUGUCCAAGUCCACGAACUUUUGUCGGAUAUUCACCGAGUUUGCCGAGAGCUCCUUGCAUCGCAUCAUGUCUUCAGCCCCACAGCAGCCACAUUUCAGCAUGGCCAUCCUGGAUUCUGUCCUGGUAUGUUGUGGCCAUCCGGACUACGAGAUGCCGGACAUCACCUUCAACUUGUGGCAUCGCCUCUCAGAAGAGCUCUACCAACGAGACGAUGAGCAAACUACGCAAAUCUUCCGUCCUUACAUCAACCGAUUGAUCCUGGCCUUGUGCAAGCAUUGUCAGAUGGAGCCUGACAUGGAUCAAGUCCUCGAAGAGGGCGAAGACUUUACCAUGUUCCGAUUUCGAGUGCGAGAGCUCAUCCGGGAUGUGGUGUUCAUCGUGGGAUCCUCCAACGUAUUCAAGAACCUCUUUGACUAUGUGAAAGGUGCGAGUGCUUGGGAAAUCAUGGAGGCAGCUUUAUUCAUCAUGUCAGCCGUGGCCAAGAGCGUCCAUCCCACGAGGGACGAGAAUCCGGCACAAGUGGUCGAAAGUAUUCUGGCCAUUCCUCCCAGCACUCACAUAGCCGUCAGACACACCUCCCUCAAGCUCAUUGGCGAACUAGCUGAGUGGAUCGAUGCCCACCCGCAGUUCUUGGAGCAAAUUCUCAACUGGCUCUUGGCCGGCUUGCAAGAUCCGAAGCUGUCCUCGGAAGCCGCGACAGCCCUUCAAAACAUGUGUUCUCAGUGUCGUGGGAAAAUGAUCCCGCAUUUCGAAGGGCUUUUGCAGAUCCUCAAGGCUGUGGACUCGUUCAACCUGAAACCCGAGGCGGCCAACGGUCUCAUCAAAGGCGUGGCCAUCAUUCUGUCCGAUUUUCCCAACGAGCAAGUCGCUCAAGCCAUGAGCACCAUGUGUCAAAUGCAGAUCGUCCCCUUGAGUGCCAUUGCCAACGGCGCUCUUCCACCCGGAAAGAUCGCCAAGAACUCCAAGAACGACCCGGUUCUCUAUCUUGACCGCUUGUCCAGUGUGUUCCGUCAUGUGACACCCAAUGUGUCGGAAAACCAGAGUCACCCGUGUGUGAGUGUCGUCCAAGAGGCUUGGGUGGUCAUAUCCAAGACGUGCGAGACGUUUCAGAGCGACGUCAGGAUCAUGGAGAGCCUCUGUCGGACCAUGCGGUUCAUCCUGCGGUGUGUGGGCGCUCAAGCCAUGCCCAUUUUGGAGCCCUGGGCUAAACAGAUGGUGCACGUGUAUCUGAGCCAUCCACACAGUUGCUUUCUGUACCUGGGCUCGAUUCUUGUGUAUGUAUUCUCAUCCAAUCCCUCGCUAAUCCCCGGCCUGCUGGGCAUGAUGGAGGCCUUUCUCCCACCCACGUUCCAGAUCCUGCAGGCAGAAAAUGGACUCCGUAAUCACCCCGACACGGUGGAUGACUUUUUCCGCUUGAACGCCCGAUUCCUUCAGCGUUGUCCGAUCCCAUUCCUUCAGACCACUUUCAUGCCCUCGAUAGUGGAGUGUGGCCUUUUGGCCGUGUACCUGGACCACAAAGAGGCUAACGCUUCGGUUAUGAAGUUCUUCUUUGAUCUCUUCCAUGCUGGUCGCUCCAAGGAAGAGAAAGAGGACUUUGAAACGCGUAGACUCCUCGUCGACCAAAUCAGACACAACUUCGGGGCCAAGCUCGUCGAGGCCCUCCUCCGGGCGGCCAUCUUCAAUUUGCCCAGUUACACCUUCCACGAUAUUGGGGAUGUGAUCUUCGAGCUCAUGUUACUGGAACGAACGUGUGUUUGCCAUUGGCUGGGAGCCGCUCUCAAGGGUCUGCCUUUGAAAGAUGCCAAUGGGAUCGAGAAGGUCACCCAGAAGCAGCUGGUCAAGGUACACAAGGAAGUUACCUCGGCCGAAGAACCCAAGGAUGUGUCGGAUGCCCUCCGAGAUUUCAAUCGACUGUGGCGGUAGCUUCCAUGUUCAUCGCCUUUGUUGUACUUGUGUGAUAUGUCUUAUCAAUGGUGUCCUCCCCGAAUAUCAUGAUUAUCUCCUAACCAGCCAA